AUGGGUGCUUCUGUUUCGGUUCCAGAGAGCUCCGUUCAUCAAUUCACCGUAAAGGAUAGCUCCGGCAAGGACGUGAAUUUGAGCAUUUACCAAGGGAAAGUGCUCCUCCUUGUCAAUGUCGCUUCCAAAUGCGGUUUCACCGAAUCCAAUUACACCCAGCUCACCGAACUUUACCGGAAAUACAAGGACCAAAGGUUUGAGAUCUUGGCAUUCCCUUGCAACCAGUUUCUGUACCAGGAGCCUGGCACAAGUCAAGAAGCCCAUGAAUUUGCUUGUACACGCUUUCAGGCCGAAUACCCUGUUUUCCAAAAGGUACGUGUAAACGGUCAAAACGCAGCACCAGUAUACAAAUUUCUUAAGGCAAGUAAACCCACCUUUCUGGGUUCCAGAAUUAAGUGGAACUUCACCAAGUUCUUGGUCGGCAAAGAUGGCCUUGUCAUUGAUCGUUACGGCCCCAUGGUUACACCGCUAUCAAUCGAGAAAGAUAUCAAGAAAGCUCUUGAAGAGGCUUGA